AUCAAACUUUGCAUAAAAUCUUCUCUUCUCCUGAUUUUAAAAUGAACCGUAUCCAUAUUAUUGUAGCAAUAAAGGCAUCCAAUUCGAUAUUUCCACCAUUGAGGACCGUCUUGUUCUCCACAAGAGGUAGAGAAAUUGCAAAACCCUCCAAGAUUCCUCGAAUGUACAACACGCGUGCAUCUUUAGAUUCAAGAAAGAUGUCACUGAUGCAAAAGCAGCGUCAGGCUAUUGGGGUGUGGCUCCAACGCCGUUGGAAUCACUUUGAAACGGAAUUGUUUUCAGCAACAAGGGUGUCGAAUGUGCUACUACCGCAAUUAAGGACCAACUUGUUUUCCAUAAGAAGUUGGGAGAUUGCUGAACCCUCCAAUGUUUCCAUUGAUACGACAAUGGGAACCUCUAGGAUUUUGACCAAGCAUGCUCAAAAGUACAACACGGAUGCAUCUUUAGAUUCAAGCCCAUGCAAGAAAGAUGCCAGUAAUACAAAAAAAGCGUCGAGCUAUUGUUGGGUGGUCCCAUCGUCACUCAUCAAGGCCAUUGGAUCUGCUUGGAAGUGGAACGGUUUUCAGAAAAGUUGAAUCAAAUAUGAAGAUAUCAAGCGGAUUUUAACUGCCAAAGCCCAAGGGCAAUGUAAGCCCAUCUUUUUAUGGCUAUAUGGUGCUAGACUUCCAACAACCACAUUAUGCAUUUUAAAUUGUACUUUUGAGUUGAUGAGAUCGAAUUUGAUAAAUGUUAUACACUUA